AUGAACAACAAAAUACAAAUAACUACUAAUUCUAUCUUUUUGUUUGGAUAUUUUAAUUUCUUUGGAAUUGAAGCAUGUAAAAGUUAUGAAAAGGCAUUUUCUUUAUUUAUUAAUGCCUCAGAAAAAGAUCAUAUUUUGUCACAUUGUUAUGUUGGACUCUGUUACCAAUACGGUCAUGGUACUACAAAAAAUGAAAAAUUGGCCUUUAAAUAUUAUGAAUUAGCAGCCAAAAAAGGUUUUGCAGCAGGACAAUCGCAAAUUGGUUAUUUUUAUGAUCAAGAAAUAGGUGUUAAAAUAAAUUUACAAAUGGCUAUACAUUGGUACAAAAAUGCUGGAAACUCGAUUGCUAUACAUAAUCUUGGCAUAUGCUAUGGAAAUGGAUUUGGAGUUAAAAAAGAUUAUAAUAAAGCAUUUGAAUUAUUUAAACAAUCGGCCAAAAAGAAAGAUUCAGAUGGAUUAGCGAUGUUAGGUUACUGUUAUUACAAUGGUAUUGGAACUAAUAUUGAUAAAUAUAAGGCAUUCAAUUUAUAUAAUAGGGCCGCAGAUUUAGGAAACAUGAUUGCUAUUAAUAAUCAUGCUAAUAUGUAUGAAAAUGGUGAUAAAAUUAAAAAAGAUCUUGAUAAAGCAAUUUAUUGGUAUGAAAAAUCGGCUCAACAAGGAUAUCUUUAUGCUCAAAAUAGAAUAGAAGAGCUUUCAAAAAUUAAGGAUAGAAAAAAGAAGAAUAUUAUUUUUAUAAUUUAA